AGUCAACUCAAGACUGUAGACCUCUUUUUCCAAAAUCAAAUUUCAGUUUUUCUCCAGAGAUCCUUUUAGAAUCCUACCCUCACAAACCCUACCCAAAAAUUCUGCUUUCCUUCUAGCUCUAAACGCGCCGCCUUUAUAGAAACACUUCAACAAUGGCACGGAUGGGCGACGGCGACAAACGGUGGAUCGUUGAAGACCGCCCUGACGGUACCAACGUCCACAACUGGCACUGGGCCGAGACUGAUUGUCUCGAUUGGUCUCGAAAUUACCUUUCAAACCUCCUAUCUGACAAGCCCAUUCUCUCCGGCGAUGGCAACCUCUUCCUUCGCACCAAAGCCCUCCAAAAGCUCGAUGGUGAGGCCUACCUCAAUGUCCGAAAGGGUAAAAUCAUCCCUGGCUAUGAGCUCAAUUUAAUACUCACCUACGAGGCCGAGGCGAGGGAUUCGGAUGGCACUUCCAUCAUUUUAUCCACCGAGGGUUCUGUAGAAAUUCCCUAUAUAUCGGAUGAGAACGCGGGGGAAGACCCUGAGAUAAAGAUAACGAUUAAGGAUGAUAGCCCUAUCGGAAGGAGACUGAAAGACGCGUUUAUUGCAAAGGGGAAGCCUUUUGUGUUGGAGAAAGUUCAAGAAUAUGUGGAUGUCAUGGCGAAAGGCGGGCCUGCUAAGGAUGAAUUGGAGGUUAAGAAAGCUGGGGCAAAGAAACCAUCCUCUGCUGCUGCUGCGGCGACUGCAACUGCAGCUGCGAGUAAUGUGGUGGGUAAUUCUGGGAAUAGUAAAGAUGUGAGUGUGAAGGAGAGCAAGAAGAAAGAGGAAAAGAGGAAGGAGGGUUUUAAGACGAUAAAAAUGAGUGAAAAGUUCAGUUGUAGAGCGAGGGAUUUAUAUGAGAUUUUGAUGGAUGAGAACCGGUGGAAGGGUUUCACCCAGAGCAAUGCGCGGAUAAGUAAGCAGGUGGGAGGCGAGUUCAGUAUUUUUGAUGGGUCAGUGACAGGAACCAAUGUGGAGCUGCAAGAGGGCAAGUUGAUUGUUCAGAACUGGCGUUUUGGGAGCUGGCCAGAUGGCAUUGUGUCCAAGGUGCGCCUUACUUUUGAGGAGCCUGAAUCUGGAGUCACAACCGUCAAGCUCAUACACACUGAUGUACCGGAAGAAGACAGAUAUGGAAAUUCGACUGUGGUUGAAAACACUGAGAGGGGAUGGCGAGAUCUUAUUUUCCACAGAAUACGGGCAGUGUUUGGUUUUGGAAUUUGAAUCUUUCAGUUCUAUUGUUGCUCGAGCGUAGAAUUUUGCAAGUUCAUGUUUCAGUUGACUGUGCUUUGGAUGAUUUAAUUCGACAAGUUUGAUGUAGUCUCUCUAUGACUGAAUUUUGCUUUUCGGUUGAAUUUAUCUAUCUCCAAUGGUUAAAACCAAAGACAGGUCCGGGACAUGAUAACUCUUCAUUGCAAACGUUGUGUAGUUCUGUUGUUACCAAUUACAGUAUGUGAAUGUGCAAUAAGGUUUGAUGAAGUCCUUGUUGAUUUCAAAUGGUGGCAAGUUGAUACAUGUGUUUUCUUGGGUUUAGUUGCUUAAAGUUGGCUCAUUUUGUUUGUUUCGGGAAUUGGCUUUACUGAAUGUUAUCAGUAUUUACU